AUGAACGGAAAUCAAGUUUUAGAGUAUCUGGAAACUGAUCCAACUGGUCGCUACGGACGUUUUGGAGAAGUUCUUGGAAGGGGAGCGAUGAAGACAGUGUACAAAGCAAUCGACGAGAUGCUUGGAAUAGAAGUAGCAUGGAGCCAGGUGAAGCUAAAAGAGGUUCUUCGUUCCUCUGUUGACCUACAAAGGCUCUACUCCGAGGUUCAUCUCCUGAGCACUCUCAACCACAAAUCCAUCAUUCGUUUCUACACUUCCUGGAUCGAUGUUCAUUCCCAUACUCUCAACUUCAUCACGGAGCUGUUCACUUCUGGGACCCUCCGACAAUACAAAAACAAGUACUUGCGGAUAGAUAUCCGAGCAAUCAAGUCAUGGGCUCGGCAGAUCCUGGAAGGGCUUGUUUAUCUCCACGAGCACGACCCUCCUGUUAUCCAUAGAGACCUCAAGUGUGAUAACAUCUUUGUUAAUGGGCAUCUUGGGCAAGUCAAAAUAGGCGAUCUUGGUCUUGCAAGAAUGCUCCGGGACUGCCACUCUGCCCAUAGUGUCAUCGGCACUCCCGAGUUCAUGGCUCCAGAGUUAUAUGAAGAGAACUACAAUGAACUCAUUGACGUUUAUUCCUUUGGGAUGUGCUUUUUGGAGAUGAUCACCUCUGAGUUCCCGUAUAGUGAGUGCAACAAUCCGGCGCAGAUUUACAAGAAAGUUGUCUCGGGAAAGCUACCGGGAGCGUUUUACAGAGUUGGAGACACUGAGGCACAGAAGUUCAUCGGGAAAUGCCUUGUCCCUGCCUCAAAGAGAGUAUCAGCAAAAGAGCUAUUGCAAGAUCCAUUUCUCGCCUCUGAUGAGUCAUGGAUGGUGUACGCCAGCGGCGCUGGGAAUCCAAGGCCGUUUUUGAACGAGAAUGAAAUGGAAACACUCGCGUUGGAAGAUGAUGAGUUAGGGAGGACACAGAUGUCCAUCACUGGGAACCUGAACGCAGAAGAUAACACAAUCCAACUGGAUGUGCUAUUUGCAGAUGAAAAUGGUAUGGCAAAAAAAGUGUCUUUCCCCUUUGACACCAUGACUGAUACUUCCAUUGAUGUUGCAACGGAGAUGGUAAAAGAACUCGACAUCACAGACUGGGAGCCACUCGAGAUUGCUAAAAUGAUUGAUGGAGCCAUCUCUUCUUUGGUGCCUGGUUGGAGGUUCGAGGAAGAUGAUGAAACCUAUCACGCUUCUUCCUCGCAUUCAUCAUCAUCCCACGCUUCACUCUCUAACUACAUGGCACGAGGCCGUCAAGACUGGCUACAAGGGUCUUACUCCAACCUCAACUACGUAUCUGUUGAUGAGAACAGCUCCCAGCAAGCUGUGAUGACCAGAACUCACGACGUCACGAGGUUUUGCCCCGAAGAAAGCUCUCAUCUGCAGUCAGGACAAGCCAACAUGUACGGAGCUUCCAGUUCGAGUAACGGGAGAGUGGCUUCAGACAACCGCACACUUCCAAGAAACCGCUCACUUGUAAACGUGCAGAGCAGGUUACAGCAGCGGUCGCUGGCGGAAGAAGCUAGAAGAAGAAGGAUGAUAAGAACUGUUGGAGACGUUGAAACAGUUGGGUUUCAGUCACCUUAUGCUGUUUCCCGGAAUCCACGGAGGUCAAGGCGCUAG